UUAAACAUGGAAAUUCAUCAACUAUUCUUCUACCUUGUGGCUCUGUCUUAUUUUUUUGCUAGCAUUGAAGGUCUCAGCAGGAGUGAUUUUCCGGAUGGUUUUGUGUUUGGAGCAGGGUCAAGUGCUUACCAGUAUGAAGGAGCUGCAUACCAGGAUGGCAAAGGGACUAGCAUAUGGGAUACUUUCACUGCGACACACCCAGAAAAAAUUUUGGACCAUAGCACAGGGAAUGUAGCUGAAGAUUUUUACCAUCAUAUCAAGGAGGAUAUAGCUCUAAUGAAAGAAAUUGGCCUAGACUCCUUUAGAUUCUCCAUCUCAUGGUCUAGAGUACUUCCUAAAGGAAAACUUAGCAGGGGAGUGAACGAGCAAGGAGUCAAAUUCUAUAAUGAACUCAUUAAUGAGCUCCUAUAUAAAGGUAUACAACCCUGUAUAUUUCAUUGGGACACUCCACAAGCACUUGAAGAUGAGUAUGAUGGAUUUUUGAGCAUCGACAUUGUCAAUGACUAUCAUGACUAUGCGGACUUCUGCUUUAAGGAAUUUGGUGAUAGAGUAAAGCUCUGGACCACUUUUAACGAGCCAAAUACAUUCAGUAGUGAAGGGUAUGAAACUGGUACCAUAGCACCAGGUCGAUGUUCUAGCUAUGUAGGAAACUGCACCUUUGGGAACUCAGGGAUAGAGCCCUACAUGGUAGCUCAUCAUAUCCUUCUUUCUCAUGCAACUGCUGUAAAAUUGUACAGGAAAAAGUAUCAGGCUUCUCAAAUGGGAGAAAUUGGAAUUACAGUAUCAACGUUUUGGAUGGUGCCUAAGUACCAAACAAUUGCUAGUAGCAAGGCUGCCUCUAGAGCUCUUGAUUUUGCAUUUGGAUGGUUUGCUCAUCCUGUUACUUAUGGUGACUACCCUAAGUCCAUGCGUGCUUUGGUCGGAAAUCGACUGCCCAACUUCACUGUAAUACAAUCCAAGAUGGUAAAGGGGUCUCUAGAUUUCCUUGGAGUAAAUUACUACACUGCAAGAUAUGCAGAUGACUCCACAUCUUCUAGUAGUGUAAACCUAAGUUACACAACGGAUAGCCAUGUAAAUCUAACCACUGAGAAAGAUGGCAUUCCUAUUGGUGAACCGACCCCUUCUAGCUGGCUUUACAUUUAUCCAAGGGGAAUUCAAGAACUUAUUCUAUACGUAGAGAAAAAUUUCAAUAAUCCACCUAUUAUAAUUACAGAAAACGGAUUUAGUGAUGUAAAUAAUAACUCGUGGACAAUCCAAGAUGCUCUCAAUGAUAGUUUAAGGUUAAAAUACCACCAACUCCAUCUAUCAAGUCUCUUAAAAGCUACCAGGGCUAGAAUCAACGUUAAGGGAUACUAUGUUUGGUCAUUUCUUGAUGACUUCGAAUGGGAAUCGGGCUAUACAUAUCUGUUUGGCAUCAAUUACAUAGAUUACAAAAAUGGGUUGACAAGAUAUAUGAAACAUACUGCUUUAUGGUUCAAAAAAUUCCUUCAAAGGGAGAAUCUCACCACGAGAGUAUCAUCAUUGUUGUACUCUGAUCAGUAAUGAAAUUUAAAGUAAGUGAUUUAUUGUAUUUACUAUAAUUGUAAGAAGGAUUUUACUAAUGUGUACCCUUAGAACAUAUAUUAGUAAGCCAUUUUAUAAAACUUUUUAUAGAAAAAUGAAAAAGAGAUUAACGCUAUUUUGACAACUUUUUCAAUUUUCUAUAAAAACUUUCUCAAAAUGGAUGAUGAUCAAAAGGGCAUACAUUAAUUAGACCCUUGUAAGAAAUAUGAACUUGUACCUUCCAUUUUUCAAAUCAUAAUAUUGAUGAUGGUCUUGUAUGACAAGUGAGCCGAAGGUCAAAGACUCAAGAGGCUAAUAAAUUAAAGCAAAAGGGAUUUCCAUUUGUAAUUACAUAGCAAAUGUGAGAGUCCAUGAUCUACAAAGAAUUUGCAAGCCUGGCCUAUGUAUCAUUUUAAGUAAUAUUCUCCCCUAUGCUGAAUAUUUUGUUGCU